AAGAGCUUCAUUUCUAUUUAUUAUUAUAAUGUCAUGGGAUAAUCUAUCAAUUGAAAUUACAUUAACAAUUUUUAGUCAUUUUGCACCGUAUUCCUCAGAAAUUGAUCAACUUCAACUUACUUGUAAAAGAUGGUAUCAUUGUGCUCAAAAGAUUCGCUAUUCCAAUGUUACUUUGUGCAAAAAGACAGAAGCAGAUAGUUUUAUUCAGUUAUUGAGAUCAUCUCCUGGACGACCUGGACAGAUGGUAAAAUCACUUAAUUUGAUGAAUUUAUUAGAAGGCGUUGUUUGGGAUCCUGAGGAUUAUAUGACAACGUUUGCAAAGAUAUGUCCUAAAAUUGAAAACAUACGUAUCUGUAAGCCUCAAAAGGAAUUCUGGAUGAAAUUAGUACACGAUAGAUAUUUUGAUCGAUGGCAAGCGCUAAAGUCAACCAAUCUUCCAAGUACAGAAGAAGACCUUAUGCACUACAAUUGUACCAUGUCUGUCUUUCGAACGACCAUCGUUCGUCUUUUACUUUGUGACAGCUUACAGAGAAUAACAGAAGGGGAAAGGAGAUGUACAAAAGAAUUUAAGCUUCUUGCGCAUCGUUUGAAAGAAUUUGUUCAUCUUCAGGAAUUAUCCAUUCAGAUUCAUACAGAUAAACAAUUAUAUCAAUUAGAUGAUUAUAUUCAGAACUGUAGUAAUACGUUGGAAAAGCUAGAGAUCAUUGCCUAUCAGCCAAUGGACAUACCUUCCCCCUCUCAGAAUCAUCCUGUGAGUUUACUUGAAAUUGAACAACGACCCACUAUAAAAUGUUUAGCUGUUAAUAUGUCGGUAUAUAAUAAUGAUUCACUUGGUUAUUUAAUGUAUAAAUUUCCUUGUCUCGAACAGUUAUCAUUAAAUGAAAAAGUGGAUCGAGAUGCAGUCAAUUUAUUAGCUCGUGCUAAAUUUUCCUUGACAUCUGAACUAAUGGCGAAUUUUUUCCAAUAUAUUUCACAAAUCCCUUCCAUCAACAUACAAUACAUCGCUACCGAUAAUAUCAUUGAUAUUUGCCGUUAUUACAAGGAAUCCAUUAAGAAUACUUUAUCACUUCGGUUGAGAUAUUUAGAACCAGUUCACGUUCGUAAGCAAAUAAGUGCUGGCUUAAUACAUAUCAAAUCAAUGAAUACCACCACCACCACCACCACCAGCAGCAGCAGCAGCAGCAGCGAACCUAAGAAUUAUUUGAGAAAUAAAUUAAUACAAUUGGAAAUGUAUUUCGGAACAUAUACAGAGCUAUUGUAUCUACCUCAUACGCAUGCUAUACAAAUUCUUGGAGACACUGUGGAGGAAAUUAAUUUUGGAAUUGAAGUCAGGAACAACAACAACAGUAACGAUAACGUAUCACAUAAUAACAAUAUCUCUUCUUAUUUUACUACCGGCAUUGGUUAUUCUAUGGAUACAUUGUUUAAGCAUUGUCCUCGUCUAAAACGAUUAUCAUUGGAAAAUUUAGAUCUGUUAAAUUGUAACCCUAGUAUCCAGAUUAACAAAACAGUAGAGAAAUUAGCUAUAGUAAAGUCUAAUGUCAAUGAGGAUUUCCUAUUUGAACUCUCUAUUCGAUUGCCUAAUUUAAAGCAUUUUAUACUUGAACAUACAACUAUAAAGGAUAAAAAUAAGAAGUCGACAAUGAUGAUUACUAUGCCAUAUACCUCAUUCGACACAUUUUAUUGGAUCAAGAAGACCUCUGACGAUUAUAAGAAGAUGUAUAUCAAAAUUUCAAGUGUUGAUAAUGAGAGAUAUUUUAUAGCUUACUUUAAUGAGACAAAUUUAAUCGAAGAAAGUAAUGCUGAUGCUUAUAAUCAUAAGCAUGAACCAGAUUCGACUUCACUUCAUAUACGAUGUCGAACAUUGUUAAGGUUCUAUACUAAUAAGGCUAGCUGCAUUUAAAAAAAAAUAAAAUAAAAUAAAAUAGGGGUUCAUUAUUUAUUACGUAAUAAAAUUAAAAACUUUUUUUUUUUUCUAUUCAUAUAAAUGAGUU